AUGCAGUUUCAUCCAAACAAGGCAUGCAACAGAAAUAAAUGUCAAAAUGGAGGAAGACCAACCUAUGGUAGAUGUAUCUGUAGAAAAGGUUGGAAAGGAAAAUGUUGCGCCAAAGAUGUCAAUGAAUGUUUACGUUCUAUUGAUAACUGUCAUAAAAACGCAAUAUGUACAAAUACAAACGGAUCAUUUACAUGUAAAUGUAAAGUUGGCUUUUUCGGAAAUGGAACAUUAUGCUUGGGGCCUUCAGAUGCCAUUAGACUUCGAGGAAUAAAAGGUUCUAAUGUCAGUGGUCGUGUUGAAGUUUUUUAUGGCAGUGAGUGGGGAACAGUGUGUGACGAUAGCUGGGAUUUAAAAAAUGCCAUGGUUGUUUGUCGUCAACUUGGCCUAGGUAAAGCCCUUAAAGCUCUUCAAGGAAGUUCUGUUCCUGACGGAAAAGGAAAAAUUUGGUUAGAUAAUGUUCAUUGUGCUGGAAAUGAAGCAAAUAUAGCCAAAUGUAAACAUGAAAAAUGGGGAAUACACAAUUGCCGCCAUCAUGAAGAUGCUGGAGUAGAAUGUUCGAAAGGAAAGCCGCUGUCUAGAACAUGUGGUUCUCGUUUGUAUAAUGUCAAAACUGAAGUAUGUUGUGCAAAAAAAGUACUUUCACGUCGUUACGGGGUGAAUUGUUGUGGGAAUAAAAACUUUAAUCCUUCAUACUUUGUUUGCUGCCAAGGAAAUAUCCAUUUAUAGCCAAUGGUUUUGCUUGUUGUGGUUCUAAGAACUAUGAUCCAUUUAUGGGUGUUUGUUGCGGUGGCAAGCUUCAUCAUUUUGCUCCUUCCCACUCUCAAUGUUGUGCUUCUGAAGUCUAUGAUCCAACCAAAGCAAUUUGCUGCAAUGGUAAGAUAAUCUACAGUUCUAAGGCUCGCUGUUGUGGAAGAAGCUACUACCAGCCUUCCUCUCAAGUCUGUUGUAAUGGAAAAAUUUUAAGCAAAAGAUUUGGUUCUGCUU